AUGUUCAAAUUUCUCGCCCGCCAUUUGCGUAGAAGCUUCAAGGCAGAUUGCGAACGUGAUUCAAAAAUUUUAAAUUCAGCCAAUUAUUUGGUUGAAUUUCCCUUCCCUAACAAAAAAAAUCUCUUGUUUUUGGAUACAUCUCUAUUUCCAACCUGGAGAACUUUGAACCAAUUAUGAGUGAUAUUGAUCCAAAUAAGCUGAAAGUCGCCGAAUUGCGCGAGGAACUCAAAACUCGUGGCCUGGAUACUAAAGGUACGAAGGCAGUUUUAGUUAAACGGUUACAGCAAGCUUUCAAUAAAGAACAAGGUAUUACUGUGGCAGAUGACGAUUCUCUUGGAGAUGACGCUCUACUUGAAGAAGAAGCACCGGACGAAUCUUCUCAAGAUUUAGAUGGUGGCAACAUGGAUGAGUCUGCCCUUGAGGUUGAUGGCAACGAGGAUGGCGAUAAUGAUGUUGGUGAAGGAGAGGAAGAGGAGGAGGAAGAACAAAAUUGCGAUGAGAUGCCAGAAGGAGAAGAAUUUCAAACUAUCGAUGAAACUUCUCAAGAUGAUGGACAACGAGAUCAGGCUAAAGAUGAAAAAGAGAAGAAAGCCCAAAAACGAAAGCGUUCCCGUUCUAAAGAAAGGAGGUCAAGAGAUCAUUCUCGUCGUUCAACAUCUCGAUCUCGUGAUCGUGGAAGGCAUUCACCAAGGAGAAGUCCUACAGCUAAAAAAGUGGAAAUGGAAGAUGACAGUUGGGUUCAGUCAACUGAAGUUAUUUUGGACAGAUAUAAUUCUGACUUGAAUCUUCGUAUUGAUGAGAGCAAUGUUAAGGCACACCCCCUCACUGCAGAUGGUUUUGCUUUCAUGUGGGCUGGAGCACGAUCAAGUUAUGGUGCUGUAAAUGGCAAGAUUGCUUUUGAAGUUAAAAUUGGAGAAGAGCUCAAUGUCAGUCAUUUACCAUCAGAAGAACCAAACCCAAAUGUUGUUAGAGCUGGUUGGUCAACAGAUGCCUCAAAUUUACAAUUAGGGGAAGUGCCACUUUCCCAUGGAUAUGGAGGAACUGGUAAAGCUUCAACAGAUUGCAAAUUCAAAGAUUAUGGUGAAAAGUUUGGCAGUGGUGAUGUUAUAACUUCUUAUUUGGACUGGGAAAGUGAUCCCCCAACCAUUUCCUUCAGUAAAAAUGGAGAAGACCUUGGUGUUUGUUUUGAAAUUGACCGCGAGGAAAUUGGAGAAGCUGCUCUCUUUCCUCAUAUUUUGACUAAGAACACUGAAUUUGAAUGCAAUUUUGGACAAAAAGAAGAGCCAUGGUUCCCAUUAAAAGAUGAUUUCAUAUUUUUAUCUACAGUAUCUUUAGAAGAGCGUGUGAGAGGCUCGUUGCCACCUGCUAAAAAAGAGGAAUGUGAAAUUAUGAUGAUGGUUGGCUUGCCUGGUGCUGGUAAAACUUUCUGGGCUGAUAAACAUUCAAAAGCUAACCCAGAGAAGAAAUUCAAUGUUUUGGGUACCAAUAACAUCAUUGAAAAAAUGAAGGUAAUGGGUCUACCUCGUAAAAAGAACUACUCUGGUCGUUGGGAUGUCCUCAUCGACAAAUCUACAAAGUGCCUGAAUCGCAUGAUAGAGACAGCUGCUCGCAAGAAAAGAAAUUACAUCUUGGAUCAGACAAACGUGUAUGCAUCAGCCCGGAGACGUAAAAUGACGCCUUUUGAAGGCUUUCAACGCAAGGCAGUUGUGGUAGUACCUACUGAUGAAGAGUUCAAAAGACGCAUAUCGCAAAGGGAGAAGGAAGAGGGCAAAGAGAUACCUGAAAAGGCGGUGCUUGAGAUGAAAGCCAACUUUAGCACUCCUGAAGAAGGCACAUUAUUUGAUGCUGUAACAUAUGCUGAAUUGGACAAGGAAGAUGCCAAACCUUUGGUUGAAAAAUAUAGGAAGGAAGGAGCAGCUGCUCUUCCUCCUCCUUCCAAAAGAUUCAGGGGAGAUCGUUUUGGACGUGGUCGCUUUGAUCGAAGAGAUUAUCGCCGAGGUGGAGGUUAUGGUGACAGAGACCGCUUCGGUAGAGGUGGAUCUCGUGGUUUCCGUGACAGACCAAUGGCUCGUUACAAUGACAGGCGAAGCAGUGCUUAUGGAACUGGUGGUAGUGGUGGUGGUGGUGGUGGUAGAGGUGGCUAUCCUUCUCGUGGACCACGUCCCCACAGUAGAUAUGAACGAAGGUCACCUGAAAGGAGAUCAGCUGGAUACAGACAGGGACAACGAUACCAAGGAUCCGGUGGCCAACGCAGUGGUGGAGGCGGCGGCGGUGGUGGUUAUGGAGGUGGUUCUUGGGUCUCCAACAGACCAUAUGGUGGCGGUGGUGGUGGUGGUGGUGGCAGUCAAGGUUCAUGGAGCCAUCAGGGCAACUAUAGUGGACAAUGGGGCUCUUCAUCUCAAUCUGGUGGUUAUGGAAAUUGGGGUUAUGGCAGCAGCUCUAAUAAUCAAGGUGGUGGCUAUGGCAGCGGCAGUCAUUCUCAGUGGGGACAGAACUACAACCAGAGUUAUUAUCAGGGUUAUGGCAGUGGCAACAACCAGAGCCAAUAUGGUGGUCAAUGGGGCCCCGGCUCUGGCUACAAAAGUAAAGCAUACUCGAUGUCCAGAGGGAGAAAGUAUUAACAUAGAUAAAUGGCAACGAAGACUGCCUCCACCUACUCCUUCUGCCCAGCAUCUGCCCCUGCAAUAUACAGCAUUGGUGAUGGGCAAGUGAUAGCACUUAUGGAAUCAGCAUCAUGCAAACAGCGGAGUUAAUGAAAAAAAAAAAUGAAAAGAAAAGAUAAAAAAAAAACAUUAAACACUACUCUGGGUCCACGUAAGCGAAAAAGAAAAGAGAAACUUAAAACCCUGAAAACAUCUGCCAGAACACUAAAACAUCUUCCAUUCACAUGGAGCUGCUAUUUUCCUUCAUAAGUUUGUAUCAUAACUUCAAUUAUUUCAGCAAAAUCUGAGCAUGACACUCACCUGGACUUGCUUCUCGCCCAUUGCUCAUCUUACCUGUAUUACCAGAACUUACCCUAUCCCCACUUUUUUAAAAAGUUUCACUUUCCUUCAUAUGAAAAAUUUUAACAUUUGUCUUGCUAGAUACUGUUUGAAUGUUUUAGUGCUUUUUGCUAUGUACCUUGCCUGCAGAUGUAGUAGUAUUAGUUUUUUUUUUUUACUCUGGCCAUGCUCGUUGCUCCACAAUAUUAAAAAAAACAAAAAACAAACUUGAAAUGAGAAGAAAAAGCAACCAAACCAUUAUUUUAAAGUAUGUACUAUGUGUCCCUCAUUACAAGGAACUUUGUAUUAUCCAUAGGUGGUAGUUUCCUGUAUGAAACCUUUGGGUGAAAUCAGGUCAUUGUAACUGCCAUAUUACUGUUUUAUAUUGUCUGAGAGGACGAGGAAGCAUGCUGACUGUAUGCAGGAUGGUUGAAUAAAAAUGAAUGAUGCCUUUA